AAGAAGAAGAAGAAGAAGAGGGGCGAUGAGGAAGCGGAGAAAAAAGAAGAUGGCGUCUGAUGUCGGUGUUGUUGAAUGUUCGAGAGUUUUCUAAAAUGUUUAUCAACGAGCCGUUAACUGCUGCUGAAGAAACAUUCAGAGUUUAAAGAAAUCAUCGUCAAGUCGGAGGAAGAGAUGGAUGAUCAUCGCAGACUGCUGGAUUUCUCCCGGAGGCCCCAGAUAAUCUUACACCGAAUAGAUUACCUGCUACGUGAUGUUUAUAAGGAGAAGCUAUGUGACCAAGAGAAGAGCUCCACUCUGGACCAGGAGGAGUUAGAACCUCUGCAGGUAAAAGAGGAAGAGCCAGAAGAUCAACAGAUAAAAGAAGAGCAGGAGGAUCUAAAACAUGAGCAGAUAAAAGUGGAAGAGAAAGAAGUUUACUGCAGUCAGGCUGAAGAACAGAUUGAAUUGAAACAGGAGACUGAUACCUGCAUGGUGGUUCCUGUUGGUGACCAAACAGACCACACUGAAUCAGAACCAAACAGGAACCAAGACAUCUUCCAGGAAGCUGCUGAAGCUGAGAACCAAAAUCAGGAAAGAAGAAAACCUUUCUCAUGUGACAUCUGUAAAAAGCGUUUGGCUUUCAAAUCUGUUUUUGAUGCUCACAUGAGAACUCAUACUGGUGAAAAGCCGUUUACAUGUGUGAACUGUGGAAAAAGUUUUCGUCAAAAACGUGAUUUAUCUCGUCAUGUGAUGAUUCACACUGGUGAAAAGCCGUUUUCAUGUGUGAACUGUGGAAAAUGUUUCUGUCAAAAACAGGAUUUAACUCUGCACAUGAUGAUUCACACAGGUGAAAAGCCGUUUUCAUGUUUGAACUGUGGAAAAGGUUUUUGUCAAAAACAGAAUUUAACUCAGCACAUGAGGAUUCAUACAGGUGAAAAGCCUUUUUCAUGUGUUAACUGUGGAAAAAGUUUCACUGUCAAAUAUUAUCUCGAUGUUCACAUGAGAACUCAUACAGAUCUGCUCUCAAUGUUCACAUGA